UAGAGAGCCCCAUAUCUUCUACCAUCAAAUCAACAUUUGGCCCGUAAAGUUUGUCUUUCCAAUCAUGCGGUAAAUAUCGAAUUUUCAGUUUCAGUACUUCUGCGCGUCGAGAAACGCCAAAUCUAAUCAAAGGGACUCCGGAUCUAGCAGCUUCAAGUGCCCCCUAUAAGCACCCUCCGGUCGCCGGAUUUUAGGAGAAACUAUAAUUAGUCGUUCAUCAGGGAGAUCGGAUAGGAAAUGGGGUUUUUGGUGACAACCCUGAUUUUCGUCGUGGUCGGGAUUAUUGCAUCCCUGUGUGCUAGAAUAUGCUGCAACAGGGGACCCUCUGCAAAUCUGUUACACCUGACAUUGAUCAUUACUGCAACUGUAUGUUGUUGGAUGAUGUGGGCAAUAGUAUAUCUCGCACAGAUGAAACCACUAAUUGUUCCUAUUUUGAAUGAAACGGAAUGAUGUGCUAGAGGAAAUGCAUAUGCAACCGUUUGGAAACCUAUUUAUCUAUCGUGGAUGCAAAUUGGGCGAGUGACGAACAAUAAUAAUUUAGUGUAUGCGAUACCCAGAAUCCUUUUGGUGUCAGAUUUGUAUGUUAAUUUUUAUUAAUGCAGACAACUCUUUUAAAGUUCAUUUUUUCAUAUUGUGCUCUAUUGAUAUUGGUUGUAAACAUGUUCUGAUCUCAUAUUCAUUUUUGUAAGAAUGAUAGCGCGUAUGUGUACUUUGAAGAGAAGAAGGUAAUGCAUUUGGUAUUGUAUCUGCUUGUA